AUGUCAAUAGCAAAUGCAAAAGGAUAAUAAGGUUAAAAUGAUAUGACAACCUAAAGGAGAAAAAAUGAAGCUAAUUUGAGGGUGGCAUUACAAUAUUAUUCCUCUUGUGGAAAAUUAUAAGAUGAUCAUUCUCUAGAAUAAGUAACUCCAGGAUUGGCUACUUUAGAAUUCAUGAAACGUAACUGUCCUGAAGGAACAAAGUUAGAGGAUUUUUGUAUACAAUCUGGACAAUAUUUUGAAUUUGAAUAGUAUAAAUAUGGUGACAUCAUUUUUCAUUAUGGGGAUAUAGGUGAUAAGGUUUAUGUAAUUCUCAAAGGGGAAGUUGCUGUUUUAGUACCAAGAUCAGAAAGUGAAGUAGAAGCAGAAAGAGAAGAUAUCAGUUAAGCUAAGCAACCUUUUGAUUUUGAAAUGUUUUGGAAAAAUAAGAAACCUUUAAAAUAAAUUUAUAUAGAAGUGUUGUUAGCAUAGUUGAACUCAUAAGUUUAUUUUAAAGAUAAUGUUUGUAUGUUUAAGAAGGUUUUUUAAUUUUAUUCUGGAUAAUCAUUUGGAGAUGUUGCUUUAAUUUCAGAUAAACCAAGAACUGCAAGUAUUUUGGUAACAUCUGAUCAAAUCUAUUUAAUUAGUAUGUGUAAGAAAGAUUUUAAGAUCUUAUGUGAGAAAUCAGUUUUGGAAAUGAAUUAAACUCUAGAUUACUUUGUUAAAUUAUUUCCUAAUAUUGGGAGAAUGCAAAUAAAUAAAUUUAUUUAAUUUUUUCAUAAAAUAGACCUUCCUCCUUAAUAGUGGUUAUGGAGGGAAGGAGAACAAGUCAAAUUUUUCUUAUUGAUUCUUAAAGGAAGAGUUGAAGUUAAAUAAUAAUAAUUACCUUUAUAUUAAGUUUCUGAUAAUUCUUUCAUAGGUCAUGAAGAGAUCUUAGAUAACAUAACUUUUAGACAAUACACAUGCAAAACAUUAGACAAUACAACAGCAUAUUAUAUGGAAUAUGAAGAUUUUAAUAGUGCUAGAAAAACUUCUCCAGAUAUUGUUAAAUUAUUAAUAGAAAAAGCAAAACUAAUGACUUCAUAUCUUGAACAAAGAAAAGAGGAAGUUAAGAAAGGAUAAAUUUAUAUUGAACCACUUUGUUUACCUGUAGAAAGAAGGUUGGUUAAAGAUAUGUUUGUAAUUAAAUCUCCUAGAAAAAAUGAAGUUAGAUCUAAUCAACCUAAAUGUUUAAGUUAUUUUGAUAUUACUAAAUUUAAUAAAUAGAAAGCAAAACCAAAUAAUAUUAAUUUAUAAUAAUCCAUUUCAGAGGAUUUAUUUUUCUCUAAAGAGAAGAAUAUUAAAACAACAAGAUCUCCAUCUUAUUUAACUUAAAAACUUUCGCCUAUAAAUAAAUAAAUGAAAGAGAUUUUGAUGAAGAAAUUUAAGUUGAAUUUUAAAUUUAAUGCUUUAUAGUCUUUUUAAAUUAGUUCUUGUAAAUCAGUUCAUGAUUUUGGAAGUAAAAGUCGAUUUAAAACAGAACCAAGCAUUGAUAAUUGA